GCUGCUUACAGGAAAAGUCCAAUAACGACCCUUGUGACUUGCAAAAAAUGCAACAUAAAGGCAGUUGUGGACGGUCAGGGAGCCACUCGGACUCAAAAUUACAACAUGUCAUUUUUAAAGCGAUCAGUGCCUAUAUUGACGGCAGCUGCAAUCGGUGUUGCAACAGGAUACUAUGUUUUUGAACCGCUUUUGCGACAGUACGAAAAGGACACGAAGGGUACUUGGAAAAAGCCUGGUGAUGACGAGCGCAUAGAAGAGAUAAAGAAAGAGUUCCCAAUUGUAAAGAAGCUCGAAGGUGAAUCUACGAAUGAAAAAACGGCAUAA